AUGGAGUGAAACCAUCCACAAGGGAAUGUCAUGUUCUGAGAUUAGAAAUUAUUUACCGGAACGUCACCUCAUCAAUAGGCAGGCAGGUGUGGUUCUUCCGAGAGGUUCCCUGUAGUGCACGAAUGGCUUUUGUGGCUUUACAGCAGUUCUUCUCAUGUUUUGGACUUACACAAAUAAGGUUGAUUUGAUGGCUGAGAGAGCCAGCUAGAAUAUGCGAUCAACCUUCUUGUCAAAUGCCCCCCACGGAACAUGAUAUGCCGAUCGACACUUUUUCGUAAACCCACCACCAUCCCGAUGCUCCGGCCACACAGAGGGAUUUGCAAUCCCGACACUUGGGCCCCCACUCAAAGCUGACUCGGUGGAUUUCACUCGAUCCAGAUCACUGUAAUUCAACUCCCAAUUACGGCUCCGAACAUCAGCACUCGUGUCAUCUCGAGUCAUUCAUCACUCAUGAGUCAUGACACAUUGAAUCAAACGAUGAUUGAUCGACACUUUUGAGUUCACGACGGACCUGGAGCCAUGAACGAGGUCGGAACGAACUGCGAAAAGCUACAGCCGUGGAAACCAUAAACUUGAAAGACGCACGGAGCCGAGUGCUGGUCUCACCAUCCACAUAUCUUCUCCGAAACUCGUGCAUUUCCAACAACCAGCGGCAUCAUUCCUCUACGAAAUCAAUUCCUUUCGCUUCCCCUCGUAUCUUGGAAAUAUCGUCUGCUGUAGAUUUGAAAAUUCGAGUGGCCACAUAGUUGUCAUGUCAGAGCUGUCCGAGGUCACGCGUCAGGCAUUACGAUCUGAAGGGAGAAAUUCAUAUCCAGAGCUUGGGGCCCAAGGUCACGUAUUGACUUAUCGUCCCCAAAAAGGAAAGCUAGGUUUUCAGCCUUGGUCUACUCGAAUCAUGACGACCAAGCUCACGUGUCAUCUAAAUCUUUCGACCAGGGACUUGGAUGAUGAGCAGAAACCAUGAUUUUAGCUCGUCACAACACACCAGCCACCGAUGGGUUAGAAAAUUGAUGAGCCGUUUUAAUGUGAUCGAGACAUGGGUGCAGCAAACGUGUGAGCUAUUUAGAGUUUGCAGAUCCACAUGUUGGAUCUUUGUUCGUCACGAGUGGCUACUUCAUGAAAAAAUCCUUCCUCAUGCGAGAGAGACAAAGCUGUCCACUCCAACACAAUCAUUUCUGAACUCGAUUCGAGCCUCGACGUCUAGUCUCGUCUCGUCUCGUCUCGUCGUCUCGUCGUCUCGUCGGGACAAUCUCUUCCACGACAUUGGACAAAGCGAUAGGCGAUGAUUACCGCUCGAUACCCUAAUCCACUUUUUCUCGUAGCGGAGGACACUCGGAGGCAGCCACAGACGAAGGGGAGAAGAAAGCGUGACGAGCUUCAUAGCGGGAGAUACAUGUGCAGGAUGAGGCAGGAGACCAGAUGUCGUCAUGGAGAUUGCGCUGAAUAAGUAGAGGUUAACGGAGAUAGUUCGGAUAGAAGCGCAAUCUCUGAUGAGAAGGAUGAUGAAGUGAGAGGCCCGUACAUGCCUCCGGAGGACUCGUUGACUUGGACAUUCGGUCGGGUCCACAUGCUUGCAAUCUUGCUGGAUAGUCGGGCAUUCCUACGAGCCAGAGCAGAGCACUCGCGACGGGACGAGGAGGAUUUCUUUCGUCGCUUCAGGUGGUUGUGUGCCUGCCUGCCUGCCUGCUGUAGUGGUUGACCAGUAGCGUGAAGAGAGAGACCUCUCUGCAUCGCGACAGCUACUCGGUCGAGAAGCGUUUCAUUGAAUGCCGAUUGAGCUUCAUGGCUUUCGAGCAUGAAUCAUGUCACAUGAUUCAUGUGGCAUCCUGCACAUGCUCAGCAGGUGACUCGCUGCGUGGUCGAAAGUCAACACGAUCAUGAUCUCGAUAGGUCUGUGUUUGUUACGUUUCACCUUUUGACAUAAAUGCGCCAGAAUCUAUUAUCCGAGCAAGUUACUCCGAGAGCUGGAGGAUACUUUCUAGAUUUGGCAGUUGAUGAAAUCACUCACCUGACAUCUACUCGAGUAUGAGCGAGAGGAAUCGAUCGGGAAGCAGAACGUUCGAUUUCGAUUUCGAUCCGGAGAAGCUCGUCGGGUGGUGGGAAGCAAUAAUGAUGGGAAAUUGGGCCUUGGGUCGAAUGAGCAAUGCGCUAUGCCUGAGGUAAUGUCUUAACCCUAGAGACUGAGAGAGUCUUGACUUUGAAUGACUUCGAGAUCCAAAAUUAUUAGCUCCUUGGGCAGAGAGUUUUAGGCAGCGGUGGUGGUGAUGAGAGGAAAUCGGACGGGCUAUGGUGUGCUUCAACAAUCUAAAAGUAGGGCAUCGACUCUCGGGUUGAACUCGAGAGUUGUUGAAUUGGUCGAAAAUUGUGUCUCCGGCUGUGGCACUUCGAGUCACCGAGGAUCCCAUGGAGCUGAGAUGAAGCCUCGAGCGUGGUGAAAUGACAAAAUCACAUUCUAGCGGGCAGAAGGCAGCGCCAUCCGCUGUCGAAUCUGCCAGCCCAGGCUCGGAGAAGCAGAGGAGAUCGCUUAGGGUACAACAAUUAUCUCAAUUUGCAUUGGAUGAGUCCUUGAGGAAAAGAGUGAGCUCCUCCUCGCGCAAGAGGACACAGACAUUAAAUGUGGGUGGCGGGAUCGAUAGAAGCUCAUCAAAAUCUAUCCGAUUUGAGAGCACGAAGACCGCCGAUGCAACGAAGGUACGAACUGCUGGAUCCAAGAGUUCAACCAACCGCACCACCUUUUCAGAGCUCGACGAUCCGUUACAGCCCAACAGCAGCUGUGCAUUGAAUUCCUCCAUAGCUACCGAGGAGGAUGCAGGAGAUCCACCCGCCUCCGGCAGCAGUAACUCCCAUGCUUACCGGAGGUUGGAAGCAAGCUUCUUCCACUGCGAUGCUCUGGAACUGGCCCCCAUGCUUCUGGGCAAGCUCCUCCGCCGAGAUGAGGUCAUAUUGCAAAUCACUGAGGUCGAGGCAUACAGACCGAACGACACCGCAUGCCACGCCCGAGUGGGCAAGACCGCUCGUACACAACCUUUGUUCGGGCCUGCAGGGCAUGCAUAUGUCUACCUUUGCUACGGGAUGCAUGUGAUGCUGAAUGUGGUGGCUGACCGUGUGGAUGUUGGAGCAGCCGUGCUUAUCAGAGCAUGCUCUCCGGUGGCAGGAAUUAAAACCAUUCAGACCAGGAGAGGACAGGUUACCGAGAAGCCAGUGCUGCUCACAGGGCCAGGGAAGGUUGGCCAGGCUCUGGGACUAACGACGGAGUGGACGAAUCAUCCUCUUUACAGCCCCGGAGGAUUGGAAAUUUUGGAUGCACCAAAAGCAGAAAAGGUGCUCGUCGGCCCCCGAGUGGGGAUCGAUUACGCCGAACCACGUGAUGUUGCUGCUCUGUGGCGCUUUGCUCUGGCCGAUACACCCUGGGUCAGUGCUCCUCGCUCCACUCUGAGACCUAUAUCCGACGAGUAAAUUCCUGGCACAAGAUUCUGCCCUCCUGCUUUUGUCUUUCUCGCAUCUCGGAUCAGGAAUCUUGUGCCUGCUCUCGUCGCUCUUGCCUGUGGAAGUGGGGAGAUCGAUUUUCUCGGAUCCUAGCCGGAUAGGAAGGGGGUGCAAUGGCCGAGACCUCGAUUUCCCGCCCCUGCAAGCAAGCCAGCAAGCGCAUCGAGGUUCCGAAUGCUAGACUUUGUUUAGAUGCCAGUGCUAGCUAGACUUGAUAUAAUUUUGAGCUCAUCAUGAACCUGUUGCAAGCGAUAGAACACUUUGAAUAAAAAGACGGCGCUUGGAGAUUGUUAGAAGAAGAAACAGAAGGCAGCUGUCACAUGCACUGGACCACAGGAAUGAUGACGCCCUACAUGCUCUGAAAGGCAGGUCCACGUAAAAAAGUGAUGGAGGAUGACUCAUGCCUCUAUCUCACAUCGACGACUCGUACGAACUGCUUUAAUAUGCCACUUUGAAAUACAAUCGCCCGAGACGCUCAGCUUAGCUCGAAUCACAUCACUAGCUCAAUAGUCAAGGACAAUCUCCUUUUCCCUUCACUGAACCGUAAACAGGGGUCCACUGUUUCGAUGACUGCCAUGGCCGCAUUUAUGACGCAUUCCAUUCUGCGCUCCGCUUCGCUUCACUUCACUUUACAUCCCUUCUCUUCACUUCACUGCGACUUUCUGCAUAUUCUCUACUGUUACACGGUAGAUCAAAAUUCGUAGCUGGAAAUCUCUCGCUUGAGACUCUCCAGAUAUAUCUGUGCUCGAAGAAGAGCUUGGGAGUUCACAUUAGCUUCGGAAGGACGAACGGAAGGGAUGCAAUUUGCAGGUUCCAGGGACGGCUCGUGGAGCCCGCUUGCAUCAGCCCUGGAGGCAUCUUUGCAUUUAAUCUUUGGGCUUUGGAUGACAGCUUCAGAUGCGAUAAGCUCAUAGGCCUACUAAGAGGACGACGAUCAGGAAAGGGAAUGAAGAGUUGCAGCGCCCCACCAACUAAAGCAUAGUUCGUGAAGCAAAAUCCGACAGAUAGAGUUAUGGUGGAAGGCCGGAUGCAGGCAUCUGCACCAAAAGCCGACAGGUGCAUGGAGUUGAUGACCGUGGCCAUCGCAUGCACACCUAGGUCUAAUGUCCGCAGGUAUUCAGGAUAGCAAUCUACAGCUGGCUCGCCCUGAAGCAACUCAUUUGUCUACUCUUUCGAGCUCGAGGAGAUGUUCACGUACAGAGAAGAGCACCAUUCUCUCGGUCAUCACAGAUGAAACUUUCCUGGAGAUGGCUUCAUGGACUCUGUUCAAACAGGUUGAUCAAUACUGGAAAGACCUUUGCUUAAAUAGAAGAGGAUUCGAGAGACUUUUGAGACUCGCACAAUCAAGCUUUAACUGGAGAAAGGAACUAUGUGUGCACGACCUCGAUUUCAUGCCUAGUUGUGUUGGCCAGGUCGUUUGUACUGGAGAAUGCGAGGAAAAAAUGUGAAAGCAGUAGGCACAGUUCGCAUCGUACAAUGCACGAAGAGGAUGUGCAGCUCGUGAGAAUAUUAAGUUUGUGUCGUAGACUCAAGAGGGAAUGAAGAUGCCUCCACUGCACUUUACAGAGACGGUCGACGAGUACAUUGGAGGAUUGAAAUAAUCCCAGGCUAUGAGUAGAUACUUUAGCUACAGAAUGUGCGCUUGUGUACAACAUGCAAAUGCCUGUUGUACACUACGCGCAUUUGCAUGAAGGAAUCAAGCGGAGACCAAUUACAGAAAACUAUGAAUGGCACGGAUGUCGGUAGAGAUCGAUGUCGGGCUUUGAUUACAGAUCCUGGUCUUGCCACCUUCAGGUCAGAGAUGGAAAGUACCGGGGGAUUAUAAAAUAAGCAAUUCCCUGCAACCGAACCAUGAUCACCAUAAAAUUGUAGCUGGCUUAACAUUUCUAAUCUGCGUUAAGCACGAGAGCAAGUUGAACGUGAGACUCCUGCAGAAAGUGAAACAUUUUUCUUAGCUGGACAUGGACUUCUGAAGCACUGGGUCUUGAUCGAGACAAUCAUUAAAAAUUCCUCAGACUUGUACAGACAUGCCUCCUUUUGGGAUAUAUUGACAUUAUGUUCUUUCUUCUAUCAUAUAGAUGUUCAACAAUGUCCCUCAUGGCGUCUUCCGAGUCACUAGGUCAGGUUUCACCUAAACUACAAUACAAUCUUCAAGCUCCCAUUGGUAUGUGGCGGUGAUCUGCUGAUUCUCUAGGUCUUGUUCUCUUACUCAUCUCUUACUCCCGCUUGCGUACAACCCGCAUCGGAUUCAUCCGCAGCCCAAGGGCAAAAGGUGAGAUUUGUCUAAAGAAUCUAAUUAAAUAUCACAAGCAGGAAUUAGCUACAGCAAACUCUACUCAACGCAUGAUUGAGAACAUGACGAUGUCAAGCGCAGCAGCAUCGAGUAUCUGCA